CCUCCGCAGUCCUCUGAUGUAUCCAUGGCAACAGCUUCUAGUGUUGAUCAUCCCAAGAUGGCGGACGAGGAGAAAGCCACGGCGCUCCCAGUUGCGACUGAUGCCAAGAAACGUCGGGCACCUAAAGCUCCAGAGCUUCCCAUUGUGGAGAGGAGAAACUGGCUAAUCCACCAGCACUAUAUCCACAAAGACUAUGAUACCUGUAAGGGGAUCAUCAAAGAACAACUGCAGGAGACUAAUGGAAUGUGUGAAUACGCCAUUUAUGUUCAAGCACUAAUCAUGCGUCUUGAGGGCAAGAUCCAACAGUCCCUGGAGCUGUUUCAGAGCUGUGCCAUCCUUAAUCCCAGCAGCGCUGACAAUCUCAAGCAAGUGGCGAGAUCACUAUUUCUCCUGGGAAAGCACAAAGCAGCUAUUGAAUUCUAUCAUGAAGCUGCGCAGCUCAACGAGAAAGACUGGGAGAUCAGCCAUAAUCUGGGCUUGUGCUACUUCUUCAUCAAAGACUUCAAAAACGCUGAAGAGCAACUAAACAUAGCUCUCCAGAUAAACAAACAUGACAAGACUUUCAUGAUGCUGGGGAAGGUUCAUCUGCUGGCUGGAGAAACUGAAAAGGCCAUCGACGUGUAUAAGAGAGCAGUGGAGUUCUCUCCAGAGAACACUGAAGUCCUGACUACUCUCGGCCUGCUGUUUUUACAGCUUGGGAAAUACCAAAAAGCAUUUGAGCACCUUGGAAAUGCCCUUACUUUUGACCCCAACAAUUAUAAGGCCAUCCUGGCUGCAGGCAGCAUGAUGCAGACCCACGGUGACUUUGAUGUGGCCAUGAACAAGUACCGAGUGGCAGCAUGUGCUGUGCCUGAGAGCCCCCCUCUCUGGAACAACAUCGGCAUGUGCUUCUUCGGAAAAAAGAAAUAUGUAGCCGCCAUCAGCUGCCUGAAGCGGGCCCACUACUUGUCUCCUUUUGACUGGAAGGUGUUGUACAACCUGGGUCUGGUACACCUGACCAUGCAGCAGUAUGCCUCUGCCUUCCACUUCCUUAGUGCAGCUAUCAACCUGAACCCACGAAUGGGGGAGCUCUACAUGUUGCUGGCAGUGGCUCUGACCAACUUGGACGAUGUAGAGAACGCCACCCGAGCAUAUGAACAAGCUGUAACAAUGGACGAAUCAAACCCUCUGGUCAACCUGAACUUUGCCAUCUUCCUCUACAAUCACGGUGAUAAGAAGGGAACUCUGGAUCAGUAUCAGGAGAUGGAGAGGAAAGUCAAUCUACUUCGAGACAGCAGUAGCAGCUUUGAAUUUGAUCCUGAGCUAGUAGACAUGGCUCAGAAGAUGGGAGCUGCCCUGCAGGUGACAGAGAGUCUGGUGUGGACCAAACCAGGCAAGGACUCCAAAUCAAAACCAAACUCUGCAGCAGCCACCAAAGCCCCCGGUGCUCCCCUCGGUACUAACCAAGCUCUGGGCCAAGCCAUGUCUUCUGCUGCGAGCUACAACAAAAAACUCCAGCUGCCAACAGGUUCCAAAGGCCCGUCGAUGCCCCUUGAGCCAGAACCUGAUGUGGACAAAGCCCCCAGCCCGCCCUCUGAUCCUCCUGGCUCCCCAGAACCUGUAGAGACAGAAAACCCCAAACCCAGAACCUCCAAAAAGAAAUCUAAGGUGGAGGAAUGAGUUAGUUUGGUAGCUACAGUCUCAUGUAACAUCUUUGUCAUACGCUCACUCACAUGUUAUGGAGCCAAAUUAAGCUUCUUAAACAGCAGCCGAGCUAUUUGUGAAUUCUAGCCAACUGUAGUUAGACAUGAAGCCUUGAGUUAAAGGCUUCUGGUUUAGGUACAUGCUGCUCAUUUCAUGUCCUACACAAUAAUUUACUUUACAUUGACAAGGGCAACAGCAAUGCACACUUUUGUCACACCAUUUAUUUCAGGAAUAUUGAAUGUCAGUGCAUUACUUAUCACUUUUUAAACCAAAAUUCAGAGAUAAUCAAGUGUGUCUUGUAAAUCUGUGUCGAUGUGGCAGGUGUGGAGCACAGGUCAAAACCCAUUCCAGUGGAUGUUGCAGUGUAAGAACGUCUCUGUUCCACAAAACUGAAUACACACAUUUGUGUUGUUAAGUGUGAGAAAGUGGAGGAGCUCAGCAAUAAGGUUUAACGAUGAAUUUUCCCUGUACUGACAUUUCCAGUGAAGGUGUCAGUCCUAAAACAUGAAUGUGAAGGAAAUGCUGUGACAAUCACCGCUGAAAUCUGAGGACAGAAAGGGAUGUUUUUGAAUAGUCACAGGAUAUUUGCUUGUGUGUAUGAUAGGACUCUUUUUGUGAGGGUUGAGUGUAAAUAGUGACACAUGCUUUUAUAUGUGGAUAAAUGUCAUGUUUAUAGAGAGUAAUGUAUUUAAUAUUAAAUAAGAGACUUUAAAGAAAGUAGCUGUGUCACUUCCUUUAUAAAGUCCAGUUUGUGUUGUACAGUUUUCUAAUGUUAAAGAUCCCCUGUACUCAAAAAUAUGGUUUUAUUGUUUUAUGUCACCUAAAAUCUCUUGACUGUACUGACUGGUAUGUGUGCAAAGUUUGUUACUAAUGAGGUGUUAUCACAUUCCCCUACUGAAAGGGGCGAU